AUGUCUAGUGCACUCGACAGCAUCACCGCCGCCACGAAGCUGCGGCGUGCGGAGCUUGAUGUGCAGCGCGAGCUAGAGUCGAAACGCGAGGAGUACAAUAGGCGCAUGGCACAGGUGAAGGAGGGGGAGGCGCAGUUGGCUGCCGACCGGGCAGAGCUGCAGGACACUCUCGUGCAGUACUACAAGUUCAUCCAGGAGAACGAAAUCAAGCGUAGCCGUGCCAUGAAGAAGGUAGCCAUCGAGGAGAAGCAGCGCAAGGAGCGGGAGGCGUACAUUGCCCAGCUCAAGCAGCGCCUGCAGGCGCUGGAGCUGAAGCGGGAUGAGAUGAAGGCGCAGUAUGAGGACAUCGAGAAGUACCAAACGUUUCUGGAGGAGGUGCUCUCCCGCAAUGAUGGCGACGAGUACCAAGAGCCGCGCGACAUCAUGAAGCGUUGGAUGACACUGUGCGACAACACCAGCGUCCUGCAGGCGCGCAAGACACAACUCGAGGAGGAUCUCCUGCGCACACGCAGCUCGCUCAACUUGGCACGCCAGCGCCGGAGCACGGAGAACAUCGCCCUCCAGAACCAACUCAACGAGAUGCAGAUGUCUUUCGAGUCGCUCCAGAAGGUCAUCAAGGCAAAGCAGGACAGACUGGACCGCAUGAUCAAGCAGAAGAGCUCGACGACGCGCACAGUGAGCCACGUCAGCAUGGCCACAUCGAACCUGUACGACCGCUGUGUGUCAUGGGUGCGCGACUACUCGGGCCGCGGCAAGGUAGAGACACUGCACAGCAACGUGCUGCACCAGCUGCACGUCAUCUGCGACUGCCUAGAGGACUUCCAGAACAUUAUCAUGCAACACCAGGAGCAACAGCGCCAAGUGGCGGCGCAGCAGGCAGCAGCCGCAGCCGCACAACAAGCGGCGGCAGCAAAGGCGGGCUGA